CAAGUUAAUAUAAGUUAAAUUUUGAAUGCAAAUGACCAGAAUGAUCAUUUUGUUAUUCGUUCAUACAUGUUUUACCGAAACAUACAAAACUAAAAUUUAAUAACGGUUUUAUAACAAGUGGUAAGUUGCCUGACGGUUUAUGAUAAUAUCCCAUAAUUCCCAACUAGCAGUGUAGCACCGGGAGAAAAUGUGGGAGAGGAAUGAAGGAUUGUGUUUCUCAGUGGCUUCCUUCACUAAUUUCUGGAGGAACCGGGAUGGAGAAGAAGGAAACACGACGGUCGGCAAUCAGAUCAAAGGCCAGAUCUGAGACCCCAAUCAGAUGAUUGGAUCUUAGGCGGCGGCGCACUAAUGCACUAGAACCGCAAGCAGCAACACAGCUAUGGCCAUCAGCGGGGUAGCAGAGGAGACGGAAGACAGCGUUGAACGGCGACGAAGACUCCGUCGAAUCGGGCGGCGAAGUUUCCGGAAGGAGUGACAUCACUAUCCGGCGACAGGCGAACCGGCGGGGGCAGUGUGAGGAGCCUGGGGAGAAGCACCAAAAGGUGUGCUCUUCAUCCGUAAAUGGAUAUUUUCUAGCUCUCUCCCAAUCUCAACUAUUAGCUCCACAAAUUAGGUAAACUCUCUCCCUUCUGCUAAGCGGCGGAGAAGGAUUGUGAAUUUGGGAUGAUGUGGACGGUGGUGGCGCCGGCGGCAGCUGGUGGGUGGGAGUUCCGGCCUUGAGCUACAUAUUCCAUUCACAAAUGACCUGGUCCAUCCCAACCCCGGGCCUCAGUUGAAGUUGAAAAUCAAAGUGUGGCUUCAGCUUCGGCAGUAGCAAGAGAUCCAAGAAUAUUCAACCAUGAGGAUGGGGAAGACUUCACACAGAGGACCCGAGGUGAAAGCAGAAGGUCAACGCAAGAAGUCCCUCUUUGCUUCCAUAGCCAAACCUUCAUCAACAGAGACCAACAGACCUAACAGUAUGGUGAUCAAGAAGGCACACACUGUAAUCCCUGCAGAGAUCGUGGCGGAAGCCAUUUCCACUCUCCGUGGGCUUGAUCUCCGGUGGUCGGGACCAAUAACUCCCUCGGAGAUGCAAUACGUUGAGCAGUAUGUCUUGGCCAAGUACCCUCAAUAUGCCGGCCUUGUCGGGGAGAAGAUCGAUCUCUCCACCCUCUGCAUCAUCGGAGAAGAUCCUGCUGCUGCUGACAAAGAAGAACGCAGAAAAUCCUCUCCCCGGGGAAGUUUCAGGGAUGCCUCAUCGCCUUCCAAUGGGAGCAGCAGUCACCCUGACCUCGACAGGACCCAACUGGAGCCUUCCAGAUUGCUCGAUAUCCUCACCAUGAAAUCUUCAUUUCCGGGCAGCUUCAUCUCCAUCCCGGAAAUCCAAGCCCAGAACAAGGUGUUGAGGCACUGCGGUUUGCCCGACGAUGAGUACCUUGUUCUCUUCACCCCGAGCUACAAAGACGCCAUGAUGUUGGUCGGAGAGAGCUACCCUUUCUACAGGGGGAACUUCUACAUGUCGGUUCUCGGGGAGGACAACGAUUGCGUCAGGGAAUUCGCUGCGUACAAGGAAUCCAAGCUGAUAUUGGCGCCAGAGACUUGGCUGGAUUUAAGGAUCAAAGGGUCGCAGCUCAGCCAAUAUUUCAGGAGAAAGUGUAAGCAUAGCACAAAGGGGCUUUUCGCUUACCCGGCGGAUGUGGAAGGGACUCGUUAUUCGAUGCAUUGGAUAUCGGAAGCCCACCGGAAUUCGUGGCAUGUCCUGCUUGAUGCUACCGCUGCUCUUGCUGCCGGAAAGGAUAGAUUGAACCUGGCACUUCACCGGCCGGAUUUCGUGCUGUGUACUCCGGAUAAUGAUCCGCAGACGCAGUCUUCGACCAUCACUUGCCUUCUUGUGAGGAAGAAAUCCUUCGACACCACAUCAGCAACAACUACGGGUUUAUCUUGAGCAUAAUGAGCUGCGAGAAAUGAAGAGCGACGACUAUGUAAUGUGAAUAUAUCUCAACUACUUUUUUUUCCUUUUCAAGCUGGGCUGUUAUUAGACAACGUUGGAGCUUGCGCAUUUGACCCAAGUAUAGCUUUGGAUUAGUGACGAAGAUACGCAUCAAUUUAUGAACUUGUAAUGGAAUCAAGUUACAGUAAGUAGAAGUUUGACUGCUACAGCUACAACUUAAUCUUGAAUUCUUGCUGGCCAUUGCCACCGCAAAGUCCUGGUAAAGCGUAUUUGAGGUCUAUCAUGACUUAUCAAAGCUCAACUGUGAGCAAAUGGUAGAUACAUAAGAGUAUAGUGCACUAUAAUUAAUUGUGCCCCUAUAAGGACUGGUUCGUAUCUUUCUUUC